UUCCCAUGACGUCUAAGUUAGCCUUGCUCCGGUACAGUAGCUAGCAACGUGUUUGAGAAUUACAUUUCUUCUUGUUAUUAGUUGUAGCCCCUCUUUAUUAUCGGGCAAGACAUCUUGAAAUCCCUGAGUGAGGAGCCAUCCUUCAUUCUCUCUCUUUUGAAAACAAAAGAGAGCAGAGAUGUAUAACGGGAUUGGCCUUACCACGCCGCGUGGUAGUGGCACCAAUGGCUACGUGCAGCGGAACCUGUCGAGCGUGCGUGCCAAGCGCCCGCGCGAGGACCGCGGUACGGAUGAAAAGGACCGUGAGCGCUUGGAAAGCCAGCUGAACCGCCAGCCUAACGCUGAGAUCCUCGAGCACCAGCGGAAGAGGCAGCUGGAGGUCAAGUGUGCCGAGCUGCAGGACAUGAUGGAGGAGCAAGGGUACUCCGCUGAAGAGAUCGACGAGAAAGUGAACAGUUUCCGGCUGAUGUUGCAGGAGCAACUGGAGCCCGCUCCAACUCCCACAGAACGUCCAAACGUGACCGAGACACAUGCGUUGGCUGCAGCCAACCAGCAGAAGAACGACCGGCUGAGGCAGGCCUUCGGCAUCGGCUCCGACUACGUGGACGGCUCCUCCUUUCACCCCGACCGCAAAGAGCGUGAGAAGGAGAAGAGGGAGCAGGAGAGGCUGGAGAGGGAGCGCCAGCAGCAGCAGUACCAACUUAUAGAAGCAUCAGAGUCCGACUCUUCCCCUGAACGCAAACAAAGUCAUAAGAAGAAGAAGAAGAGAAACAAGCAUAGGGAGAGCUCAGAGAGUGCCUCCCCCUCUCCCAAACGUGAUAAGAAGAAGGCUCAAAAGAAGAAGAAAAAAAGGGCGGAAUCUGAAGAGGAAGACAGUGAUAGUUCCUCCUCUGAGAAGGAGACCUCAAAGAAAAAGAGAAAGAGGAAGAAGAGUGAGAAUGAGACUCCACCUUCUCCCAAGACCCACAAACGCCGCGGCGCAUCAUCCAGCCCUGCUCACAGUCCGUCUCCCGCUCCGCUGAGGGAGCGACAGCAGAACCAGCCGGGACGAAGAGGCGAGGAGGGGCGCAAGGAGCGGUCUCCUGAUAGAAUGGGGAGAGGUCGUAGCGACAGGACUCCCCCAAGAAGAGCAGGACGGGAGAACCCACCCAGACACGUCAGUUCCUCUGAUGGAGAGAGGGCUGAGAAAGACCGAGGCGGGGACAAGGACCGAGGCAGGGAGAAAAAGUCCAGGCACGACGACUCCUCCCCUUCGCGAGAUCGAGCCCGUCGGUCCAGGAGUGGGGAGCGGCCGAGGGGCCGGGAGAAGGAGCAGGAGAAGCCGGACCGAAACAGACACGACUCCUCGUCCCCCUCGCCGUCCCCAAAGCGGCAGAAGGGCAAGAGUCGCGAGGAGGAGCAGCAGCAGCAGCAGCGCAGGAGACCAGAGGAGGAGGAGAAGAGGAAGGACAAGCCCCAGAGGCAGCGCGAGGACUCGUCCGCGUCCCCGGACAGGGAGCCUCCCCGGAGAGGACGGAGCAAAGAGAGGGAGCGAGGGAGCGGAAGAGAGCGGGACGUCACGCCCAAGGCCCCGUCUGACCGAGAGCGGGAGAGGGAGCGGGACCGGGAGCGGGGCAGGCCGAGGGAACCACCGAGGGGGAGGGAGAAGGACAGCCCUCCACCGCCGCCCAGGGCAGCACGAGAGGGCGAGCGGGAGCGGGAGAGACCGAGGGACCGCCACAGCGGCUCUGCCACCCCGCCGAGGCGCUCGCCCAUCGCCAACGGCAGACAGAGAGAGAGGGAUCGGGAGGAGGAGAAGAGGAACGAGAGGGGCAGAGAGAGGGAGGCUCCGAAUGACCGGGAGCGAGAGAGCGACCGGGAGAAGGAGAAGGAGAGGGGGAGGGAGAAGGAGAAGGAAGACACUCGCUCCGGCAGGCAUCGUCCACCGGAUCGCACUCCAGAGAGGGACAGCGCGGCAGAGGCCAGGAAGGAGAGAGCUGUAGAGGACAAGAGCAGAAAAGAGAAAGACGUAGAGGAGAAGAGGCGAGAGAAAGGGAAAGGGAAGAGUCCUGCCAAGGAAGACAAGGCAAAGGCCAAGCAGAAGCCGGCGAAGAAGAGCAAAGCCAAAGAGAGCAGCAGCAGCAGCAGCAGCAGUAGUAGCAGUAGCAGCAGCAGCAGCAGUGAUAGUAGCAGCAGCAGCAGCAGCGACGAUGACAGCGACAGCUCCUCUUCCUCCUCCUCCUCUUCCUCUUCGUCCUCCUCUGACGAUGGGCAGAAGAAGAAGAAGCAGAAGGCCGCCGAGAAGAAAGGGAAGGAAGCCCCGGCUCCGCCUCAGCCGCCCGCUCAAAAGGAGAACGGGACCAGAGAGAGGGUGGACAGAGGGAGGGAGAGGGAACGGGAACAGCCCCACGCGCCCGCAUGGAAAGGCAGCCCAUCUCCUCCCGCACGUGCGCGCGACCAGAGGGAGGAGAACGCGGACAGGAGAGGCCGCGAGCGCAACAGCCCCGCUCCGGCCGCCAGGGGCAGGUCUCCCCCUUCUCCGCCCCGCAUGGCCGCGGACAGGGCUGGAGGCAGGCGGCCAGGCCGGGACGGGGCCCAAGAGCGAUACACUCCCCCCGAAAUGGACAACCAAAAUAGGGACCGGGAGAGGGCGAGAGACAGGGAGAGGGAGCGGGGGAAAGAGAUGUUCCCGCCUGCAGAGAUGGAGAGGCAGAGGGACAGGGGGAAGGAUAGAUACUCGCCCGCAAACGUGGACAACCGCAACCCUCCGCCCGCCCCCCAGAGAGGUCGAGAGAGGGCCGAGCGCUACUCUCCCACCGAGCCCACUAGAGACCAGAGGGGAGGGCGUGGGGAGGGCGCCGACGGCCACCGGCCCCCCGCCGGGGAGAGUCAAGGGGAGGGGGAGAGAGACCGGAGGAGGAGAGAGGCGUCGCCGGACUCCCCCAGAGUGAGGGGCCGGGAGGACGCGCGCACCCCGCCGCGGCAGUACCAGGACGGCCCGCGCGCCCGCUCCCCCAGGAGGGCUUCGCCCGCCCGCUCACCACGCAGGGAACGCAGCAGAGACCAUGAGAGGGACCGAGAGCGGGAACGGGACCGGGAGAGGCAGAGACAGAGGGAACGGGAACGAGACCGGGACCGAGAGAGGGAGAGAGACAGGGAAAGAGAUAGAGACAGGGACAGAGAGCGAGAUGCCGACCGUAGUAGAGACAGGCCACCGGUCAGGAGGAGCAGUAGGUCUCGAAGCCCAAGGAGAUACAACAGCCCCCCCUUCAGGUCUCGACGUUCUCCAUCUCCCCGAUACCGACGUAGGAGCAGUCGGUCACUCUCAAGAGAACGGGAGCAAGAAAGGAAUCGUGAGCGACAGCGAGAACAAGAGCAGGAGAGAGAAAAGAGAGGACGUCCGCCGCCCAAAGCCCCUUCCCCACCUAAUCGUUCGGGAUCAUCUUCGUCUUCGUCGUCCUCCUCAUCCUCCUCCGACUCGGACUCAUCCGCCUCUGAGAAUGAGGCGGGGAAGGCCGGAACAAAGGAACAAAGCCGGAAACCCGGCUCCGAGAAGGAGACGGGGAUGAGGCAAGUGAGGACCGAGCCGGACAGGGAGACGGCUGAGAGGAGAAGGUCCCGGUCUCCAGAGAGACGAGCUCCUUCCAGCCAAUCGGAUCGCAGGGCACCAGGCAAAGACUCGCCCUCCCCAUCCCGGCCCUCGGCAGAGAGCAGGGAUUCGUCGAGAGGAGGUCGCAGGGGCCAGCCCACAGCUCUGCCCCCCCCUCAACCAGAGCAGCCAAACACGGCGAAGAACCCAGUGAAUGGGCAGCCAGGGAUCGAGGAGAAGUUGAAAAAAAGCUGGCAGGGUAGCUCAAGCUCGUCAUCAUCAUCUUCGUCAUCCUCGUCCUCGUCAUCAUCAUCCGACAGCUCAGACUCCGAGCCGGAGCAAGGCAAAGGUGGCGAUGCUGCUCCACCACCACGUAGGAAGUCGUCCUCAUCUUCGCCAGGCGGCGAAAAGGAGGGUAAAAAGAGCCCUCUUCGGCCUGAGAGGGUGCCAGCUGAUUCGCUGCGAGACUCCCGUUCGCUCAGCUAUUCUCCUCCAAUGAGAAUGCGCCGUGGUGCACCCUCCCCGCCCCACCGAAGGAGUGGAAGCAGGCGGUCUAGAAGCAGGUCGCCUAGCAGUAAGCGGAGGAGAUGAGUGCUCUCCUACACGUCGUCUCUUCAUUUUUUGUCCCAUUUCGUACCUCUGGAAACUCUCGAUGUACUGAGCUGGACUGUGCCACCCAGCCGUUUUAGGGUUGAUCGUGGGUGGCCGAUAAGGACAUUAGGGACUUUCCCCAGUGAUAUGAUGGUUAAAUUCACUUUUUUAUUAUGGUGACACAUGUGAAGGGUGAGGGACAACCCCCAAAUGCGGACACAUACACACACACUUUUUUUUUUCCCCCUCUGACCCUUCAUUGUUAUGAAUGUAGAUAUGACUUCAGUAAUUUGGCUUUCACUGAAUGGACAAUGUGCUGUACCCAUGACUGUGAGUAGACCUGACAAACCUUUCUGUUCUCUUUGUGAAAAAAAAUACCGAAUUGAGUAAUAAAGACUCUUGUGUCUCUUACAUGUUUACUUGUUUCCUAUAGUGGUGCAUUGGUGACUUUAUAUUCUGAUAUCAGGGGUGUAUUUUCAUAAGCAAAGCUUACUUACAGAUAACUACUGUAGUAUGGAUAUUCCCAAGUUCUGCACUAUGGGUUUAAACAUGUCAUUUUUAUCUGUUGUCAAAAAACGAUAAUGGCUUGGCAUAGCUAUAACAUUGCUGUAACAUGGAAGGCAUGAUUGAAAGAUAAUUUGGAAACAUUUUGUUUCUUUUUUUUGUUUAAGUUUUAAGCAGUGUUAGGGAUUUUUCUUCCUUCAGAAUUUUUUUUUAUUCUUCCACUUUGUGUUUAACAAAGUUUAACCCAGUUUAACCCUUGUCAUCCAUUAAAUCUCAAUUGUUCCUUUUCCAGUA